AUUGAUGGUAUUAUAUCAGAUAGUUAUAUAAUGGAGCUUAUCAAAUGUAAACUUAUUAAUGAACAAUUGUAUCCUACAUCAUUUGGUUGUUUAGAAUCAGAACCAGUUGUUAAUUACUAUUGUGAUGGUUUAAAAACAUAUUCAUCUAAAACUGAUCCAAACAAGUUAUUAAGUGCAACUUUUAACGAUGAAGCUACUAUGAUUGAUUUCAAAGGCAAUAGCAUAUCAGUUCAUAUUAAAGAAGGUGUAUCAUCAUCCACAUUAAAACUCUUUUUAAAUGGUAUCUUUUCAAAAUUAAAUCAAAUUAAUAGAAAAGAAGGUAUUGUUUACAACUCUAAAAUACAAUAUGAUGAACAACAAAGUUUAAUUAAUCUUGAUAUAACUGGAUUUAACUUUGGAGAACCAUACGAUGUUGGUUUGCCUACAUUUUAUAAUACAACUUUUGCAACUAAAAACUGUUCAAUGUUAUACCACGGUACAAAGUAUAACAAAAACUGUACAAUCGAUAUAAUUACAUGUCAAUUAACUCUACCACAUAACUUUAACAAAGAUCUUAUAUUAGAAGAUAAAGAAAGUAGUAAUACAACUCUUAAGAUUCCAUUUACACUUAAAUUAGGUAAUAAUACAAUCUAUUCGUCAUUUAAUAAUAUUGAACAUAUACCAGCCAAAGAUAAUAAGAAAAAAACAAAAACUAUUGCAUUAGCAACUACAUUAUCAAUUGGAUUAACUUUACUUUUUGCUUGUAGUGUAUAUGGUGUUUGGAGACAUCAUC